AUGGCGGAGUGAGGGUGAGAGGAUGCGACUGCCCAGCUCCGUUCUGGUGUCGGUCUCUCUGUUUACGGCCGAAACAACUGCAGCGCUGUACCUCAGCACCACGUACCGCUCGGCUGGAGAUAAGAUCUGGCAGGGCUUCACGCUGCUCUUCACGCUGGUGCCGUGCGUGUUGGUGCAGCUCACCCUUAUCUUCAUCCACCGAGACCUGAGCAGAGACAGGCCGCUCAUCCUGCUGCUGCACCUUCUGCAGCUCGGACCUGUCAUCAGGUGUUUGGAUGCUUUUUGUAUCUAUGGAGGCUCAGGCAAGGUGGAGGAGCCGUAUGUCACCAUCACUAGGAAGAAACAAAUGCCUCGGUGUGGCCGGGCCGAGGAGGUGGAACAUGAACUUGGGCAGGCCGAGGGCAAGUUGGUUGCUCACCGAGCAGCCUUUGCCCGAACCUCUGUAAUUCAGGCCUUCCUGGGCUCUGCCCCUCAGCUCACACUGCAGCUCUACAUCUGUGUGCUGCAAAGGGACGUUUCCAUUGCGAGAGGCACCCUGAUGGUCAUCUCUCUGCUCUCUAUCGUGUAUGGUGCACUGCGCUGCAACAUUCUGGCCAUCAAGAUCCGUUACGAUGACUACGCAGUGUCAGUGCGUCCUGCAGCGUAUGUGUGCGUGUUGUUGUGGCGCAGUUUUGAGAUUGCGACACGUGUUGCUGUGCUCGUGCUUUUCGGGUCCGUGUUGAAAACCUGGCUGCUGCCAGUCGUCAUGCUCGGCUUCUUGGCCUUCUUCCUGCAGCCAUGGGCAGCAUUCUGGCGCAGUGGCUCACCCUUCCCCGAGAGCAUUGAGAAGACACUGACACGUGUGGGCACAGCCACUGCACUCGCCAUGCUCACUUUUCUGUACGCCGGCAUCAACGUUUUCUGUUGGUCAGCCGUGCAGCUCAAGCUUGACGACCCUGACCUGAUUGACAAAAAUUAUGGCUGGAGGCGAGCAACUGCUUACUAUUCUAUACGCUUCAUUGAGAACAUAGCGCUCACAUCUCUCUGGUUCGCCCACCGCACUGAUUUUUAUCGACAAGUAGAUGCACCAGUGCUUGAGCUGCUGCUGUUGCUUAGCUAUAUGCUUGCUGUGUUCUUCAUGCUCCUCUUCUACCAGUGCUGCCACCCCUGCAGGCACCUGUUCUCCUCCAGCCCAGUGCAGGGGCUGUGGGAGUGCUGUGGCAUGCUACGGAUGCCGGCUGCGUCAUGCUCUCAGCCUGGAGGCACACAGGGAAAAGUUUCAUUAGAGAACUCUGAUCCAGCCAAAGAUGAAUCAAUUUCCACCACCAAUGGAGACAUCAGCCAGUGUUUGUUCUGAGUCCCUUCUGAGCCAAUCUAAAGAGCCACAGUACAGAUGGAAAAAUUGAAGAGGUGACAAAUCACUUGGGCACACUUGGCAAGUAAAGGCUGUAGCUGAGAAUUAGUGUGAUUCAGGCACAAAUAGGGGUGUCAGUCUGCAUCUAUAAUGACACUUUUGUGAGCUGAACAUUUUUUAAAGUGCCCCUUAUGGACCAGAAGCUUGAUUAACCAAUGAAGUUAACGUAUGCUCUGUGGAUUGUAUACAAAGUCUUUCUAAGACUUUAGGGUGUUGAUUUUUUUCUUUCUUUCUUUUUUGUCCUUUGGAUUUUAAGACAAAACAGUCAGCAUGAUUGUGGCUUGGGUUGUUUAAGUGCCAUUGCUGAUUGCAUGUGCUGUUUAACUUGGACAAAUUAAGAAUGCUGUUUUUGACAUGUACGCUACUGUCUGAUUCUCUCUCUCCCCAUACCUCCAAAAUUUACCAUACUCAAGUGUAGUGUCUCUUUAAAAGUUGACACUUUAUUUAAAAUACUGUAUUAUAUGUGUUGUAUUAAAUAAUGAAAGCAUCAAUGAGCACAAUUAGCACAAUUUAGAAGAAAACUAGAAAAGCACUCGGAGAGUGCAGACCUCCGCCAAGAAUCCUUUAAAAAAAUCCGGGAUCCAGAAGGUGAUCCGGAUCACCGCCAAAAUUUAAUGGAUUGUUACUUGUGCCCAGUCACACCUCUGGAAAAAAUUUCAGAGCAAUCCGUUCAUUACUUUUUCCGUAAUGUUGCUAACAGACAAACAAACAAACAAACCAACGCUACUGAAAACAUAACCUCCUUGGCAGAGGUAAUUAAAUCAUUCCUGCUUCAAGAGCAGCAUGUACCAGCAUGUGCAGUGGGUGGCAAGUGUUUUUUUUUUCUUUUAAUUUGUUUUUUUUUUUUUUUUUUUUAGGUUUCACCAAACUAAAAUCCCAUCCAAAUAUAGGAAAAAAAACCACUUCCAAGAGUAUAAGUACCAGUGUUGUAUUCGAGUCACUAAAGUUCCUGGAGUUCAAGUCCAGUCUUGAGUCCCCAGUGUUCAAGUCCAAGUCCUUAAAGAAAAUUUUGAGUCGAGUCCGAGUCGAGUCCACUAUUGAUCCGUGUCCAGCUGCACCAUUUGAUGGUGGCUGUUGCUGCCUUUAUGUGAAACCGUCUCUGUUACUGUGUUGGACUAACGUUACUGCUUGGCUGCCCCAUUUUAGUUAAUAGGCUACAGAUAAAAAGCUUGUUCAUCGCUCAGCAAGCCCCGCUAUCAACAGGGCAAAUAACAUGAGAGAGGGUUAACACUAGCUAGUUCAUCGGUCAGCAAGCAAGCCCCGCUAUCAACAGAGUAAUGAACAUAGUGUGUCACUUACUUCUCUGGGUAGAGUCUUGCCAAACAAUGACUGAAGUUCGAGGUUGUGCCCGUCAUCUCCUUGAUAGUUCUUCUACAUAUGGAACGCAUAGUAGUGCAUUUUUUUUCCCACUGCGCGAGAAGUCUGUAUAAGCAAAGCAGACAAUCCUAGAGGCAUUUUCUCCAGGCAUUUUAGUACCAUUAACAUUAGUUUGUUCCUGAACAUAGUGUAUGAACAGGUGAAUGUGCAUUCUCUUGCACGAAAUUAGUAUAAAAAUUAAUGUAGAUAUAAAUAUCUUAUGCCAAAUUAUUAUGGCAUGUUACAAAAAAUAAAGAAAAAAUCCAAGUCCUCGUCUCCAAUUUACGAGUCCGAAUCAUCAGUGCUCAAGUCCAAGUCAAGUCACGAGUCCUUAAACUUAGGGCACAAGUCAGACUCGAGUCCGAGUCCUGGACUCAAGUACGACAAGCCUGAUAAGUACAAAUGACUCAAGUUCAAGUAACUUACAACUGAGAGUGAAUACGAUCCAGGCAGUUAAGUGUCUCCUGAUCAGCAGCUUAGAGCCAUAAUUGCUCACUCAUCACUGCCACGUAUUAAUAUUAAUCCAUCACCACCAUUUAAUUAAUUUUUUUCUAUUCAUUACAUUAUUUCCAGAUAGUGUUAAUUUUUUGCAUUCACUUCCCCUUUUUCUUGUCUUUAAUACUAAACGCGUUUGCACUUUUAACUCUGAUUUCACAUUUAUGUAAAACAAAUGACACAUGCAUUUUAAAAUUGAAAUGCUUACGUUGGCAUUAGUUAUGCUGUAAUCAUAUCAAAAUGCCAUUUGGUGUCCUGGAUAUUUUGUUGGUCCUCUGUUUUGUGAAGAGUUUGUGUUUUAUUUACAAGCUUCUCAGGUUUAUUCCUCAAUGAUGCUGUCUUACAUGUUUAUUGAUAUAACAUUAGUGAAUAAACAGCAGAUUGAUCUUUUACCAGCAACUUUUUAUUCACUAAUUCAGAAGGAUAGUAAAUGACAUCUGUGCUGAUAUGUUUCUACCAUGUAGGUUAAAAUUAUGAAGUCAAAAAGAAGGUAAGAAAGGUUUUGGGAGGAUUUUUAAAAAUUGUUAUAUUUAAUUGUUCACAGUUAUAUUUUGCACUUCUAUUGCUUUACAAAUGGAAAGAGACCAGUUUGCACAAUAUAAAAGUUUGCUAAAGGAAGAACAGUGGCCUUAAUGCAGGCCUGAUGAUUGUAUUUAAGCCUUUGGUGCCCUCUGGUGUUUGGAGAAGUGAAAGUAAUCUUACAGAGGUGUACAGUCUUUUUAAAACCUUAAAAUGUGACCAACUGCUUGUUACAGCUUUCUUCUGUAAGUGAAGUCUGAGAAAAUAACAAGAAUAAAAAUGCUAAGAGCAGAUAACUUAAUUUGUCUUCAUCUCCAUGGUAAUAAAGAGUGUAGGCGUCUCUUGGAGGUCAAUAUUUAUGUUAUGAUCUCAUAGAAAUGAGUAAAUCAGCUACAGUUUUUCUGUCUGUUUGUUGCUUACUGGAUUCUCAAGUGUAUAACACAGAUACACAUGGGGACACACACAC